AGAGAGCUACAAUGCUCGAAUUGUACGCGAUGUAUUGAAAGACCUCCUGUGGAUUCCAUAGUUCAUUUGUGAAAAAUUCAUGCCUCACUGCUCAGUCGACCUGCCUUGAAUAUUAUCGAAUGAACUGAUUUUUCAGGUUGGUAUUAGCUGUCAGCUGUAGCGGCCAAAGCCCACGUUUAAACUGAGCGCUGGUUUCAUGAGUCAGGAGGUAUAUAUAUCACAAGCUGCGAACGAACCAAUCGCUAUCGAUAAGUCAGUUCGCACUGCAACCACAAGCAGUGCUCUUCCUUUGUCUUCAACUUCAACAGCAGACGAUCCACACAUGGAGAUACAGAACGGUGUAAACGGUGAGAGGAAUGGCGUUGAGAAGAAGUUCUCUGUCCCGUUCCUGCUCGAGAAGAAGAGAGAUGGCAAGGCGUUGACCAAGGAAGAGAUCUUCUAUUUGGUGGAAGCUUUUGUGAAACAGGAGGGUACUCCAGCACAACUCGGGGCAUUUUGCAUGGCCGUCUUCUUACGCGGUAUGACAAAACAAGAGACCAUCAAUCUCACAGACGCCUUCAUCCAAUCGGGGGACAUCUUCACAUGGCCGGCUGAAUGGCGCCACCUUGUGGUGGAUAAACACAGUACUGGAGGGGUCGGGGAUAAGGUCAGCAUACCCCUGGUGCCUGCCCUGGCAGCGUGCGGUCUCAAGGUGCCCAUGAUCUCCGGCAGGGGGCUACAACACACCGGGGGUACCCUGGACAAGUUGGAAGCUAUCCCGGGAUUCCAAGUCUCCCAAAGUCCCGCGAAAGUGAGACAUCUGGUGGAGACAGUUGGAUGUUGCAUUGUGGGACAGACUUCAACUCUCAACCCAGCUGACAAGAUAUUCUAUGCGACAAGGAAUGAUACAUCCACUGUGGCAUGCAUCCCUUUAGUUGUCGCGUCCAUUGUAUCUAAGAAAGCAGUAGAAGGUACAUCUUCCUUGGUUCUCGAUGUGAAAUUCGGCAGUGCUGCUUUCAUGCAGACUAAGCAAGAGGCAACCACACUCGCACACGAAAUGGUAAAUGUAGGUGAAGGUCUGGGUAUCAAGACGACUGCGCUCCUGUCCCGGAUGGACAAUCCGAUCGGGCAGACGAUAGGCAACUCGUUGGAAAUCAAGGAAUCUAUCCGAUGCUUGUGUGGCCAGGGACCUGACGAUCUCGAGCAGUUGGUCGUCGCGGAAGGGGCGAUCUUGCUGCACUCGAGCGGCUUAGUAAGCUCCGUAGAAGAAGGUGAACGUGUCGUCCAAGGGAAGCUUCGCGAUGGCUCAGCGCUCAGCAAGUUUGAGGAGAUGAUCAUUGCUCAGGGUGUGAAACCCGAGGUGGCGGCCAUGCUCUGCGAGAAGGACGGAGAUGUCCACAGAGUUCUCAUGCCGGCAAGGAAUGUAACAGAAAUACGCUCAUCAGAAACAGGUUUUGUACAUCAGGUGAAAGCAAUGGACCUGGCCCUCCUCUGCCUUCGCCAUGGUGCGGGGCGAGCUAAGGCAGGAGACAAGCUCAGCAUGGCAGUCGGCAUGGAGCUGACGGUGCGCAUCGGUGAUACUAUUGAGAAAGGGAAUGUCUGGGCCAAGUUCCAUCACGACCAAGAUCUAUCGGACCAAGACAGAGAGACCCUCGAGUCCUGUCUACUGACAAAACCACAUCCUGCCGAGAAGUUAAAGCUGGUGGACAGCUGGAUACGUUCUCAAUGAGGAGAGUGCGGUACCAGUUGUUUCCAUUGCUCUCCUGACACAAUAGCGAGAACACCUAUGUGUCAAAAUAGCAUGAUAUAACACAAGAACCAUAUAGUAUUUGGGACUAAUGCGUUGACGUCUCCCACUCUCCAGUUGUACUUGACUCGUCCAUCCUCGGAGUCCUGUAUCAUGCGUCCUCAUUUGUAAAUGUAUAUAACACACGAUGGUCGAGCAUGGAUCACCGCAUGGUGUCGCUCUCCCCAUGCGUGCACAAAAAACCCACUGAUUUUAAUGACUCAAUCUCUGGUGCUACAGAGAAAAUUCUCCAACCGAUAGUUGUCACCGGGAUACCACAGAACUUUUAAACAAGAUAAGUGUCAUCAGAGACGUUCCUGGUAACACAAUCCUAGUCACAAUGGAUGUGAUAUUCUUCGUAUACACCCUAAUAUUCUGCAUUAAAGACGGACUGACUACUUAACGCAGGCUCAAUUUUGUCAGUGUAUUUCGAGACCAAUCGUUAAUAAACUGAAAAAGUUAAGAGUGA